AUGAAUCUUCUUAUGGUUGACAAGCCUACGUGCACAACGACCAAGAAUUCAGCGACAGCGAAAUUGAUGCGAGAAUGCAAAAUCAUMAUUUGRGAUGAAUGCACRAUGGCACAUAAACUAGCUUUGGAGGCAGUUGACCGAACGAUGAAAGAUUUACGAGGUAAUUCGAAACGAUUUGGUGGGGCAAUGAUAUUGCUCUCCGAAGAUUUUCGUCAAACACUUCCCGUCAUUUCGAAAUCUACUGCUGCCAAUGAAAAUAAUGCAUGCCUAAAAUCGUCGUUUUUGUGGCAGCAUGUCAAGAAGUUGAAAUUGACCAUGAACAUGAGAGUUGCGUUGCAAAACGACCCAUCGGCUGCUGAAUUCUCGAGACAACUGCUGGCGCUUAGUAAUGGACACAUUCCGAUUGAUGUUUUGACUGGAUUAAUAUCGUUUCCGGCAAAUUUUUUCGAGUUCACAUCGUCGAAGGAAGAACUCAUUACAAAAGUGUACCCAAGCAUUGAGGUCAAUUAUAACAAUCUUGAUUGGAUGAGUGAACGGGCAAUACUAGCAGCGAGGAAUAAGGACGUCGAUAGCUUGAAUUUUACAAUUCAGAGUAAAAUUGCUGGAGAACUGCGUUCAUACAAAUCCGUUGACAGUGAGACCGACGAAAACGAAGCGGUCAACUAUCCGACAGAAUUUUUGCUCACUUGA